UCUGCUUGUUAUUGAAAACGUAAAGAGCAUCAGAAUGACGCGGGUGGGUUUUGAAUUCAGGCCCUUCAUGAUUUAGAAUACUUGUACAGGAUCUUAAAAGGCCAGUGUAUACUUGUUAAACAAGCUGGUCAAAAUGGUGUGGGCUAUUCUGAAUUUGGGGUAUUUGAAGUACAGGUACUUGAAAACACAAUAACAAUAAAAUCCCAAAGUACUGAAGAACAAAGGAAUUGUGGUCUAUAAAUCUAGGGAUCUUGAUGGCAGCAGCACAGGUAGAUAAGGAGGUUAUAGGGGCAUGGAAGAUACUUGUCUUCAUUAGCUGAAGCAUAGAAUAUAGGAGGAUGCAGUUAUCGGUCUGUACAUUAGUUCAAUAUUAUGGAGCAUUGAGUAUGUGUUAUGCGUGCUUCUGUUACCAUAACAUAAGAACGAUGUGCUUGCACUGAUGGUGUUGCUGAAGAGGUAUUUCUGGUGUUGAGGCACACAAAGGAGAGAUUGAAUCACCAGACCCUGACCAGAUGUACUCUUAAGAUGUUAUGGUAAGCAAGGGAGAAAAUCGUUGGAGCCAUGCCAAAUUUUUCUCUUUUCCUUAGCCUCAGGUGAGGUACUGGAAGGGAGCGAAUGCUAUGUAUUUAUUUAAGAAGGGCUGCACGGACAAGCCAGAGAACUAUAGACCAGUGAGCUUAACAGCAGUGUUAUGUGGGUUACAAGAGGGUAUUCUGAGGGAUGGGAUCUACCUGCAUUCAGAAAGGCAAGGAUUGUACAGGGAGAAUCAGCAUACCUUUACACAUUGGAAAUCAUGUCUUUCAGAUUUAUUUCAUUUUCUGUGAAAAGGUGAUCAAGAGAAUCGAUGAGGGGAGGGCAGUCAACAAGGAAUUUAACACGGCUUUGACAAGGAUCCACAUGGUAGACUGGUCUGGAAGGACUAAAACUUUAUUUGAAGAGAUCCGAGCAUCUAUUACAAAUAACUCUAAUGAUGAUAGAUCUUUCUGGAGACCUGUUCUUCCAUGGGGUGGAGUGUAUAGCAUUAAAGCUGGGAAAAAAGCAAUGGCCUGCACUCCGUUGUAUGUGAGGAUAAGCUUAAAAAACACUUGCACCAUAGAUGGAUUUUUGAUGUUGCUGUAUGUGAUUCUCAGUGAAAAUGAAAAUUUCCGUAGGGAGUUAUCAACUUACUUGGGAAGGGAAUUUGUUGAGCGUUUCCUCUAUUUGAUGGACUCUUACAAAUUUACAACUGUGAAGUUGUUGUGGAUAUGGGAUAAAAUGGAAAAAUGCCAGUACAAGUCCAAAGUCCAUAAGGCCUCAUUAGAAAUUGACCUAUUUGGGAAUGAACAUGAAAACUUUACAAGGAAUCUGGAGAACCUUAUGUCUACCAUACAGGAAACCUUUUGUUCUAAUGGGAGAUGUCCAGCGGGUGUGCAAGAAGAUCAACGCAAAACAAUUAUAAUCUAUCCUUCACAAGAUUCUCUCUUGGGUGAUGUAAUUCAAGCAGCAGUGGAUGAAUUAUUCUGUCCCAGGAUUGAGCUCUGCGAAGAACUUGGAUGUAAUGGUCAACGUGAGUUCACACAGAGGAUUUUUUGUCAUGAUGCUCCACCAUUUGUCAUCCUAAAUAUGCAGCAAUGGAAAUCUGAGGAAUUGGCCUAUGUCCCAUAUAGUUUGGCUGUGGCAGAACACAGAUACCUACUGGAGGGAGCAACGCUUUUCAACAAGGAGGAGCACCAUUACUCUGCUGCUUUUAUGAUUGAUGGUAACUGGAUGCAUUACGAUGGACUUAGAAAUGAGAACCUGGUAUUAUUAAAUAAACCUCCAGAGCUGCUGCUCUUGUCCUCUCUUGUCUAUGUUCGAGAUCAAGAAUUGAUUAAAGGUGAUUUGUAUGACUCAAAAAUGAAGCGUUGGCUAUACAAGACUACAUAAGUCCGAUUAAAUUUUAACACUAUUGGGGCAAAACAAUUAAAACAAUCCUGGUAUCCAAGAAAUAUUGGAUUGUAAAGUUCUGAUUUAUUAACCAAAAACAUUUCAAACAAUGUACAAGGCAUUAGUAGUUAAUGUAAACUAUGCAAAUAUGUACAAAGAUGUAUUUUGGAUACUAAAUAUUUUUAUACAACUGUACAAUAGAAUAAAGCUUAUUUCCAUAUUUUCUUUAAAA